AUGGGCUAUCAGCCUCUCGCGCAAGAAUUUGCUUUAUCAACAUCAACAUCAACAUCAACUGGAAGGCCCGAGUCGGAGACUACCCACACGUCCUCAAAUCAGGACUCGUUACUAAGGAGGAAUAAUACUGGACCGAAAGAAAACACUCCGUCAACUCAAGAUGGUGAGCCGGGGUCGGUGUCUCAGGCCCCAAGGCGGCGUUUCUUGCCUCAACCUGUUGAAACAUCCUCGCGAAGCUCCGGUACCACACAACCUAGCUCCAGCCUUGUCAACGAACUCCAACCUAGUAAGACAUCUGGCUCUCUACCAGGAAAUGAAAUGCAAGCCGACAGUAGUCAGCCACGCCGGCGAAUCUUGCCUCAGCCGAUUGAAACAACCACAAUGAGUCGCCCAGGACCCUCCCGACCGCAACAGCAACAGUCACAGCCACAGAAGCACAACCCGCCUUCUACGAUACCCAGCCCCAGAAGAUUCAAGCCGGCAUUGAUCGAGACAGAAUAUCGGUCUGUUAAGGGGGAAAACUCUAAGGACUCUCUUCCUGGUGUCGGCUCUUCUCGAGAAUUUUCCAUGGAAUCAUCACCUGGUCUUUCUGCUCGGCUGCUGAGCCCUCGAAGGAACACAUCACCGCACCUCGAUGAGUCCAACUUCUCAUAUGUCAGUCUCCUCCGUCGCCAGGAGACACGAAGACAUUCUUUUCGCGUCCCAAGUCUUCCACGUAUUUCCUCUGUGAGUAGUGAAGCUGAAGAAGACCCCGAAGACACUUCUGCGCUUUUAUUACCAUCAUCGCCAGGCACAAAGCAAGAACAAAACUACAAUGGAGAUUUGUCUGAGUACCUGCUGUCUGUUGCGGCUCGAACAGCGCAGAGAGAACUGAAAGAUCAGGCAUUGGCAGCCUUUCCCAACGAGCAGGUUUAUGAACCUGUGGACCAUUUUGCAAUCGACAAGGAAGAAGGGGAUUUGGAAGAUCAGAGCUCCAUGUACCCCCAGCCACAUGAACUGAAGUCUCGACGACAAUCAUCUGCAGACUUAUCCUGGGAGUUAGACUAUAUGCGUCAGCAUAAGGAAGAAGCAGAACAACGGCUACGAGCGAUGGUGACCUCCAAUACUCGUAAACAGGCCCCAAGAGAUCAGGCUCCUCCUUCCAAACCUCUUGGUCCCAGUCCUCCAAUGCUUGGCGCUGAUAUUGUUCUGCCAUUGAGUUCUUCGCCAGAUGGGACGCUCUGCGAAAACUCAAACCCAGAUAAUGGCGCACAGUCGGGAGAUAAUCCUUGCUUUGGCUGCAAAAGUCUCUGGUGUGCGGAAUCUGGUGGCGAUGGCGGUAAAGGUGCCGGUCUCUGGAUGGGGACUUGUCAUAAGACUGAAGGCCCUCGGCAAGAGCCGCAUUUUCUCACCGGAAUCAUGACCCCUAUGAUUCAGGACUCUAAGCCUGGAUCACGCAACAAUACGUGGCUGACUCUGACUCCCCAUCUCAACCCAACACCCGCGAUCAAAGGCUCACCAAGCCCACAGGAUGGCGUGGGUCUUGGUCUUGGUCUUGGUCUUGACCUUUCCCGGGUUACGAGCGACGAAUUUAACGACGGCUUUGUCACUCAAAUUUACAAUUAUGUGUCAUUGGGAUACCCUUGCGUAGCGCGUUAUUAUGAUUAUGAACUCAGUCGGAUAUCAAGAAUCGCCGUAGAAGACCUACGACAAGAUGAUCUUCACACCGAUGCUAAAGGCUACGUUGUUGCUUCGGAUGAUCAAGCAGUCCCCUGCAUGCGGUGGAAGGCUCUUCGUCUUUAUAUCCGGGAAUGGGCUCGACAACAACCCACCAUGGCAGAAGAUGAGACCGGUUUAGAAGCUUGGGGGAUGCCUGAGCGAAGGGGGAGCUGGGCCAUUUAA